GUGGCUACCGACCAGUGCAGCUUCGAUCGUUCUCGCGAACAGACCGACCGAGCUCCAUCACCGAUCGAUCGCAGCAGCCCACGCGACCCAACCGAACGCAUACGUGUACCGUUCGUCGUCGUCCGCGUGUACAGUAAACAGCAGCAGCGCACGUACACGCCGCACACGUCUCGACAAUGGCUGGACAACCGGCCGCGCGUUUGUACCUCUGCGCGGCACUGGCGAUCGUCGCGAUCGCGUUCGCCGUGGCCGCGGACCCGACGACACCGCAGCCGCGUAACGAGAAGAUGUCCGCCGACAUUGCCAAUCCGCCGGAAGACUCGUUGAGACAUCGGACCCAUCGAGCACUCGGUGCCGACGUUGUGCACUUUUUCGGCCAGAAACCCGAGUCAAUGUUCAUCGCGACCGGUGGCGACGGUUCGAGUGGCAAGCCGCAGGGAAAGCCGAAUAACAACGCACUGAGGUGGGAAGCGAUCGGGGCGAAAUCGACUACGAAAAAACCGCACCCGUGGAACACGCCGAGGAAAUUGGUGGACGGACCUGUCCGACAUGCGGUUGCCGAGACGGAGGCGCCUACUCCCAAGCCGCAGGAAAAGCCGAAUGACAAUGAGCUGAAGUGGGAGGCGAUCGGGGCGAAAUCGACUACGAAAAAACCGCACCCGUGGAGACCGCCGAGGAAAUUAGUGGAUGGACCUGUCCAACGUGCGGUCGCUGAGACGGAGGCGCCUACUACCGAUCCGCAAGGGAAGCCGAAAAACGUGGAACUGAGAAUCAAGGAGGAAAUGGUCGGGGUGAAUCCGACUACGAAAAAACCGCACCCGUGGAGACCGCCGAGGAAAUUAGUGGACGGACUUGUCCAACGUGCGGUCGCUGAGACGAAGGCGCCCACUACCAAUCUGCAGGGGAAGCCGAACAACGAGGGACUGAGACAAUGGAGGAGGGAUCCGACCGGGUGGAAGCGGACAACUUAUCAACCACCCCCAAACAGACCGUACACAACGCGACCGUACAGACCUAACCAGAAAUUAGUGGCCGGACCUGUUCGACAUGCGGUUGCUGAAACGGAGGCGCCUACUACCAAUCCGCAAGGGAAACCGAACAACAAGGAACUGGGAAUCAAGGAGGAGACGACCGGGGAGAUUCCGACUACGAAAGAACCGCACCCGUGGGGACCGUUAAUAAAGAGCUCAGCGAACCGCCGUGUCCGACGUGAGGUGACCACCAAGAAGCUUAAACUCAAUGCGCUGGGAAGGUUGACACAAAAAAUCGGCAAGAAAUUUCGAGAACGAAUAAUUGGAACGAUCACGAGGAAACUGAGACAAAAGUUGCAGGUGUUGAAGAGGUUACCGAAAACCAUGAAACGGUAUUUGAACAAAAAAAGACAGUUAAAAAAUAAAACAUAGUAAUUGUAUUAUAA